CUCGAUUCCGGAUGUUUUGCAUACUCUUCCAUCUGCACCUGCCUCUGGGGCAAAGGCUUCAGUACUUGCAUUGUCAGCGCCGAUCCCACGUUGCAUAGGUUUGCACUGAGCACUUGCGCCUCUGUAUGCGUGUGGGGGGUGUGCGUGGAGUCCUCUUGCAACUGAAAUAACCUGGAAAAGAUGUGGAGGAGCCUGUGCAAACCUUACACGUCCCUGGCUCUGCUUGGACUCUGCUUUGCAAUGGUCGUCAGAUCUCUGCCUUUCUCUGAUGCAGGGCCACAUGUGAACUAUGGCUGGGGGGAACCUAUUAGAUUAAGGCACCUAUACACAGCCAGCAAACAUGGUCUGUUCAGUUACUUCCUCAGGAUCAACAAUGAUGGCAAAGUGGAUGGCACCAGCAUUCAGAGUCCCCACAGUCUGCUGGAAAUCAGGGCUGUGGCAGUUCGCACGGUGGCGAUCAAGGGCGUCCACAGUUCCCGGUACCUCUGCAUGGAAGAAGACGGGAAGCUGCAUGGACUUCUCAAGUAUGCUGCAGAAGAUUGCUCCUUUGAAGAGGAGAUACGCCCAGAUGGCUACAAUGUAUAUAAAUCAAAGAAAUAUGGAGUCUCUGUGUCUUUAAGUAGUGCCAAACAAAGACAACAAUUCAAAGGGAAAGACUUUCUUCCAUUGUCUCACUUCUUACCUAUGAUCAACACUGUGCCUGUGGAGUCAAUGGAUUUUGUGGAAUAUGGUGAUUAUAGUCAUACUUUUGAAUCAGAUCUGUUCUCUUCACCUCUUGAAACUGACAGCAUGGACCCCUUUGGAAUCACCUCUAAAAUAUCUCCAGUGAAGAGCCCCAGCUUUCAGAAAUAACUAAUGCUCCUGACUUGAAAUAUGGUUUUAAAGAAACAAUACCAGAACCAGGUUGUUAUUUAGCUUUUCCAGUAGUAAUAUGUAGAAUAUGUAAACAUUUAAGGUAUGGUGCUAGCAUUGUUCUUGCAAUGUACUAAACUUGUAAAAUAGUAGCACCAUUCUAAGGUUACAUUCUAAGAACCACCUGUUCAUUUUUUCACAUCACAUUUAGAAAAAAAAUAAUCUAAACAACUGCUUAACUGGUUCACCGCUGACAAAAACACACAACAUGUGGAAAUUCCUUCCGUCUGGUGAUGGCUGGGGUGAGAAGAUCACUAACAUUUUUCACCACCCCUUUAUUAUUACUUAUGCUCACCUCGGAUUCCUGCUGAUACGAGCAAAGGCAGCAAAAGCUUUUCAUUCACAGGGAGGUUAAUGACCUCUUCACUUCAUAGCCUUUCAAAGACAAACAUUUGCAAUAAAACAUGAUUACAAAACCCAACAAACAUUACCCUGUGAACUAGGGUUCAAUCUAUCUCUUAAAAAACUGCUGUUGAUGUUCUGGGACAACUUUCCAUUUUAAACAUUGCAUUGAGAAACAAUUCUGCUUGUAUAUUAUGCAUUUUCUUCCCUUCUUUGAUUAUUGCUAAAGGCUCGCACUGGAAAACCAGAUCUUUGAUUCUUUAUGGGCUCACCUAUGUUUGCUGAUGAAUUCUUUGGGAGCUGUAUUAUCCUUGGUCUGAGGUAGAAUUCUCAUUAAUGUUAGUAGGAAUUCUAUGUAUAGAUUGAGGAUUGUACAGAAUCCAUAAUUAUGUUCAUCAGGUAGGGAACAAGCAGUAGAAACAGAUUAACUUUCAGGUCAUAAAGGUCCUGUUAUAUGUAAAUAUCCAUAGCAAUUAAAAGAAAAGACAGAAAAUAAAUGUUGUAUAGGUCAAAUUGCUUCCAAAUAUGUUUUUAUAUUUUUCCUUAAAGCAUCAGCAAUUCUUUCGAGGCCAUAUAGGCCUGAUCCUGCACCCAUUGACUUCAAUGUUGCAGAAUUGGGCAAAUACUGCCUUUGAUACGUGGUGGAGUGAUUCUCGGUAGUAUAUGGCCGAUAAUGUAUAUAUGAUGCUUUUAGUCCUGUUCUCCUAUGUUAGCAUUCCAGCAAGAGAAUAACAACAAAAGGAAUGUGAGACAAGGGGUCCAGGAAAAUUACCCAUUUCCAAAGUUUCAUUUAUAAUAGGUUUUUCUAUACAGAAAACUGUACUGGAAAUGUUAGUAUUUUCUUGACCUAGCACUUCAUUACCAAUGCAAUAUUUAUAAUUAAUUUAUUGAAUACAUACAUCUGUUUAUUUUGUUACUGUUAUUUAUACUUAAAAUUCUAUUUAUGUA